GAGAAAUAAGUUUGUCUACUGUGUUAAUCGUACCGUGAAUUUCGAAAUUUAUAUAACUAUCACAAUAACAAAUAAUGAAGUCUAGAACGAGCAAAAGAGAUAUAUUUACCCACUCGAAAAGUCGUGAACUUAGUCCAUUGCGUAAACAUCUGCAUCCUCGAUCCUUUGAAAACCUCUUCAGGAAAUGUCGAGGACCACCGAUGCGAGAUUUUAGGGGGCAGUUAUUUUCCAAACACGAUGUGAUAAAUAAGUAUAAAAUGGCUUUCUAUUUUUGGCAAAGAUUCAGACCACCCUGCCAUUUAAGCGGUUUAAUGCGAACUCGGACUGAAAGACGUGUAACGGCUGAUUAUAAAGAACAAAGAGGCAUAUUUGCACGGGUGGCACAAAAGUACGACGUGCAGCUAAGACAAUAGCUCGUACAAGGACAAUGGCAGCAUAGGUUUGAUUAUUAUGAGAAUUAGGGAAUUACAGCGACAUGCUUAAUUGCUUGUCGAGAUUUAUCAUGUCACAUCGAGUUUUUGCAUUAUUUUUCUUGAAUACAUAUCAAACUCUUUGGCUUCCCUAAUUUUUACAUAGGCGUUAAAUAUGACACUUAUGAAUUCUAUAGAAAAAACAUACGGUUUAAUUAGUAACUAAGUUAAAUAUAAAUAGCCUGGGAAUCGAAAGACCGUGUAAAUUUCUGUAAAUUAUUUUUAUUUAAAAAAAUUUGUUUUGUAAAAAUUUUCUGACAUCUAUACUUCAUACUUUCAGGCUAAUUUUAUAAUUUUAUUACACCUUAUAACUGAACGGUAAUCGUUAGAUUUGUUUAAUCAACUCGACAUAAUAAAAGUAUACAAUUAAGUUAUUCCCCAUAUAAAUAUAUAGUUGAGUUGUCUUUAAAUUUUUCUACGUUUCAGUUAUUUUAUUUUUGUCAUUUGUCACAAAAA